GGGGCGUGCACGCGAUCGAGUGUAUAAAAAAGUUUAAGGUCAAAGGUCACAUAAACAAAAUGGCGGCCUACCAAGCAAGAGUCUCUGAGUUCAAAGAGCUGUUGAGCGGGCCGAAAAUUGACUUCAAAAAGUUGCAUCAAAUGUGCGCAAAUGGCAUUCCUGACAGGCCUGGGUUAAGGUGCGAUUGCUGGAGGUUACUUUUGAAUUAUCUGCCACCAGUCACAGAAGAAUGGCCAAAGGUUUAUACGUCACAAAGGGCGUUAUACAAAGAGUUUCUGCAGGAGAUGAUCAUCCAGCCUGGCAGGCAACACGAAGGCAUCAGCAGAGCUGAUGUCACGUUUGAAGACCACCCGCUCAAUCCAAACCCCAACAGUCAGUGGUCACAGUUCUUCAAAGACAACGACAUCUUGCUCCAAAUCGACAAAGAUACAAGGCGAUUGCAGCCAGACAUUGGGUUCUUCCAGCAAGCCACCGAGUUCCCCUGUGAGGAAUUGGUAGAUGCAUCCACCAACAUCGAAACGCUGAGGAAGCGCGUGGAGCACACGUUACUCAACUCGGAGGACGUGGCCCGGAACAAACUAGGAAUCAGCGCAACAACACAAAAAAAGAAACCCCAGUCUUACGACUUCGGCCACGAGGUUCUUCCGGAGGGACAGGAGGCGCACUGGGAGGUUGUGGAGAGAAUCCUGUUCACCUACGCUAAGCUCAACCCUGGCCAGAACUACGUGCAAGGCAUGAAUGAAAUCAUCGGCCCCGUCUACUACGUCUUUGCCUCCGACUCCAAAGUGGAAAACAGGGAGCAUGCGGAGGCCGACACCUUCUUCUGCUUCACCAACCUCAUGUCCCAGAUCCGGGACAACUUCAUCAAGUCCCUGGACCACUCCCCGGACGGCAUCAACGCUAAGAUGCAGCACCUGAUGAGCAUGCUGGGCCAGUGCGACCCGCCCGUCUCGCGAGUCUUCGAGAGCCAGGGACUCAAGCCCGAGUUCUUCGGCUUCCGAUGGCUGACGCUUUUACUGUCGCAGGAGUUCCCUCUGCCAGAUGUCAUCAGGUUAUGGGACUCGCUGUUUGCGGACGAGAGGAGGCCAGAAUUCCUGAUCUGUGUGUGUUGUGCUAUGAUUGUUUUACAGAGAGAUGUUAUUUUGAACGGAGACUUUGCCUGCAUUAUCAAGCUACUCCAGAACUACCCCAGCACUGACAUCAACGUCUUGCUUCAGAAGGCCGAGGAGUUGCGGAAAUAUCUCUAGCGAAACUUGUCGCGGAUAUUCCUGCAAAACCUUACGUGUCACAGUACUAGAUACAGUUUGGUUCAACCGGAAAACCCAAGGAUAGAACUGACUGGAAAAAUGGAGAAUCCCCCCCAAAAAUGUUGCUCAACUCCAGAAGACCUCUGCCACUUGGUGACAGGUGACACAGUCAGGUGACACAGUCAGGUGACACUCUUGCCAGGUUGGAAAAGCUUUUUCUUUUCCUGCAUUAAGACAACUUCAGUCUUGAUUUGGAAUAAAAAAACAUAUACUUCAUUUACAAGUAUUUUUGUUUGUUUUUUACUUUAAGAGGUGUGUAAUCAAAACGCUGAUUAAACAAUUUGUGCGACACUAAGCUUGGCAGUUUAAUAAAUAAUUCAAUAAUUCAAUGAAUGAUACAAAUUCAUUAAGAACUGCCUUCAAGUGAUUUUCUUUUGUUUUUUAAAUGAGUUACAAAUUAUGUUUCACUCAAUUAAAUGAAAAUUUUACGUUGACAUAAGAUGUAAUGGGUGAACAAUUUCUAAAAUUAGUUUUAGUAUUUCGAUAAUUUUUUUUUCUCAAAAAUAUGCCAUUCCAUAUUUAAGUUUGCUCUGUCUUGCACUAAAUUGUAUGCUUUAUAAAUGUAUGUUGCGUUAUCUGUGAGGCGUUUUGGCAAAAUGAGACCGAACUGGGCAGAGAUCAACAUGAUAGUUAAUCGGAAUAAGAAAGAGAAUAAAAUUCUUCCUACAAAACUGUUUGUUGCACGUCACUCGGACUUUUGGUUGACAAGUUAUGGCUGUUUAAAUUCCGCAUUUACAGGUGUGUCAAAAAAAUAACAUACUCAGAGAAAACAAGCUUGAUAUGAGCUCAAAAGCUGCGGCCUCUAAAACCUAUUAAGUCAUGUACAUGUACAUUAUGUAACAGUCUGUUCUAAUGAUGCACAACUACUCACGUGGUCGUGACUGUCAAUUGACCUAUCAUGGCGGAAUCGCAUUAGAAUCGCGUCAACGCAGCUUGUGAAAUAUUGUCCAAUUGCGUGAUAUAAAAAUGGAUGCGGAACGCGCAAAAUCUGAGACAACCAAACUUAGUGUACAAAACUCCAUAGGGUUGUCUUGGGGGCGUAGCGAAAUCGCAAACGGCGAUACUCAAUUGAAAAGGAUUCCCAUUAUUUUGUUGAACGUCGGUUGGUGCAUGGAGCGUUUUAUAGCAUGUGGAACACCCAAUUCGUGUGCAGUACAGUGCUAGCCCCAAUGCGAAAUGAGUGACCUCGUGACCCAAUUUUCCUCGACUGCAAUAAAUUGUCAACUGGUACUGGUCACAGGAAACUUGAAGCACGUGUUGUUGCAAGGGCCUUUGGGACAAGGUGAUUGAUUGCCAUGCAAGGCAUGUGCUAAAGUUUGUUACUAACCAACCAACCAACCAACGGAGAGACAUGAGUAUUUGUAGAGCUGCUACCCGCAGCUAAAACAAUUUCAAGUUUUGUAUUUGUGAAAAUUAAAUAUGCCAAUUGUUUUUCCUUAAAAACACUUUUAUUCUACAAUUUUUUAACUAUUUCUUUAAAACAUCUGUAGCAGACAUAUAUAUCGAAGAUUACAAAUAUCAUUAUCUAAAAAUCAAAAGAUUUUUUGCAUUUUUGUCCCACUACGGCCUGUGCCCAUUCUAUCUCAUUUUGCCAGAACGCUCCAUAUCUCUGGGAGGCAAUGUGUAACGAUGUCAGUUUUGUGUUUAUGC